AAUCGUGAACACCCCUAUUUAAUACAGCAGCAAUAGUGAUCUCGCUUGAUCGCUCUAGGUAGAAUCCUCUCCUCUUAUCACCUAUCCCUCUGAUAGGGUGAGCGAGAGAUCUGAAUAGGCCUUUGAUUCCCUUUCUGCACAGAUGAUAUAAAAUCAAUAUACCACUGCCAGUUUCAGUUAGUUAUAAUAAAAAUUUCGUUUCCUUCGCAUCUAACUCUGUAUCGUCUAUUAUACAAAGCAGAGCAUAAAGACAAACCAUUCCAACACUUUGAUUCCGACCAUAUUGAUAGUCCGAAAACCCAACAUAAAAUGGUCCUUCGAGCCGGAUGCGAAGGUCGGAUGGUCGGUCAAAGUGUUUAAGUCAGUUCGCGGAAAGUUUAUGAACAAAUACCGGGUCGUGAAUCGGUGAUAGUUGCGACGUUCGUUUGGCGGUAAAAUAAGUUUCGCGCGUGUCGAAAGUUAUCUAUCACGAACAAUAGUGCUACUGUGAAGACUGAACAAUAGUGAAUUGUGCAAGCAGUAAAAGUACGUUACUGUUCCUAACGAACUCGGAACAUAUACAACAAACUGAAAAGUGAUUUACAAAUAAAGCUACUAAAGCUGAAAGUGCGCGUCAUCACGAAAGAACGGAAAAUCUGCCCAAGUGAGUGUACGCAUUGGCGUGGUCGACGGAUUAUUGUACCGCGUGGCGUUGUAAGUUGGCGUGGCUUGGUUGGUGAGACAAAGGAGCCACCGACAAAGGACCCUGGGACAAAAGGCAAGGUUAUCAGGCGGACCGCGUGCCCUCGUGCACUGAUAGUACUGCGUUCUGCUGAUUUGAAGCUUGUGAUUUACGAUUGUUGCUAGUACUAACACGGUGGUGGAGACAGGUCAUCUUAUUUCUGGCGGUAGCUUGGUCACCCUUGAGAAUUCACUUCAUUGAAGUUCGGCUCGUGUUUAGCGAGUUAUAUUCGAGAAUUUUUGAUCGUUCGUGGAUUUUGGUGACCUCGUGAGAAAAUGGCUCCAAAUUUAAGAGCACUCUGCAAGCAGGAACGUUUUUGUCUUGACACUAUGCGCAAUCUGUUAGACUUCAUGCAAAAUUAUAAUGAACGCCGGGACAAGGAUCAACUUCCAGUUUGGAGAGAGCGACUGGAGGAGAUUUUCGAAAAAUUCCAGAGCAACCGUUUGCAAAUGGACCUUCUAGAAGAAGAAGCUCAGUACCAUGAUGCUAGUUCGUUGCAAGGGAUUGAUGAAGCAGAAGGUGAAGUUGACCUUGGUCCAAAGGUAGAUGCUAGCCGCAAGGCACGUGAUGAGUUUGAAUUGAACUAUGUUAGGGUAAAGAGCUUCCUAAUCGCAGCAGAAAGCAAAGCUAAUCCGCCACAAGCCAACGCAAUUGCAGUACCUUCUGCAUCCUCUCGGGCUACUGAUCCAGCAGUUUCCCGAAUUAAACUUCCUGAAGUCAAACUUCCGUCUUUUGAUGGUUCUCUUACUGAGUGGCUCACUUUUCGUGACACUUUUCGAAGUUUGAUCGAUUCUAACCCUCAACUGUUGGACAUCGAUAAGUUCUCUUACUUGGUAGCGUCGCUAUCCAAGGAAGCAAAAAGGGUUGUCGAAUCUAUAGAAAUAACGUCAGCCAAUUAUUCCGUGGCGUGGAACCUAUUAAAACAGCGUUUCGAUAAUAAGAAGCUGGUAGUCAAAACGUAUCUCGAUUCGCUUUUCUCCAUUGAACCCAUGAAGCGGGAAUGCUACGAUUCUCUCGUCCGACUAAUAGACGAUUUCGAGCGUAACCUACAAAUGAUCGCGAAAAUGGGCAUCGACACUGAGGGCUGGAGUAUUCUGUUGGCCCACAUGGUCUGUUCGCGACUCGACUCGUCUACACUGAAGCAAUGGGAAAAUCACAACAACUCAACGGAAGCUCCCAAGUACCGAGACAUAAUGGAGUUUCUGCGUCGUCACAGUACUAUUCUUCAAUCCAUCGCCCCUUCGAAAGCUCGCAGCUCUGAUCCGCCACGGUUGGAACCCAUUCGACCGCAGAAAACAAGGUUUAGCAGCAUUCAUUCAGUAACCGGCACUACUCCAAGGUCGUGCCCAUUCUGUAAGCAGGCAAUCCACUCUCCAUUCAAGUGUGAAGCGUUUAGGAACUCAUCAGUUCAGCAAAGAUACGAGUUAGUGAAAAGAAAGUCCCUCUGCAUAAACUGCCUCUCUCCAGACCACCAAAUCAAAAACUGCGCUUCCAGUGCGUGUCGUGUUUGUGGCCAAAAACACCACACAAUGUUACACCAGCAGACUAGCAAUCGUAAUCCAACCCAAGCUCAUGCUCUCAAACCAUCUACACAGACGCCCAGCACAGAUCAAACUCAGUCUCAAACUCAGAACGCUCGGAGUACACCAAUUGUUUCAAAUCAGUCUUCCUCGCAAACCAAUCCUACUGAUGGACAGGUGCCAUCGUCAUCGUCGUUCAGUCAUUGCUCUACCUCCUUGACAGCCAAUGUUCGCAGAAUACCAUCGGCUGUCUUACUGCAGACAGCGAUAGUAAAGGUGUUUGAUCCCGCUGGUCACUCUCUGUGGGCAAGAGUAUUACUCGAUCCCGCUUCGCAAAUUAAUGUUAUCGCAGAACGCCUUGCACAGCGCUUGAUGUCACGCUUAGUCAAAAAUCAUCAUGUCAUCGGUGGCAUCGGAAAGGCCACCAUAGUUUCUACUCAUUCCGUUUUCGCUCGCAUCCAAUCGCACUGUUCGGACUUCAGUGCUGAUCUAAAGUUCCAUGUUUUGAGGGAAAUUACACACGAAUUACCCUCGACUACCAUUAACACCUCUGAAUGGAAUUGGCCAUCAGAUGUUGUCUUAGCUGAUCCCAAAUUUCACGAGCCAGCCUCAAUUGACAUGAUCAUAGGAGUAGAGGUUUACUACGAACUUCUCCUCGAUGGACUCAUUCGACUGGGUCCCGGAAAACCAGUACUGCAGAAUACAGCCCUGGGAUGGGUAGUCUCAGGCAGAGUAGGAGUUGUACAAUCAAACCAAACUGCACCUAGUAUUGUUCACGUCUGCAGUACAGAAGCCUUAGAAGACCAGUUAUCCAGAUUUUGGGAGCUGGAAUCCUGUCAAUCGUCAAGCAUCAUGUCCGUUGAAGAAACUACAUGUGAAGCACAUUUUGCUGCUACCACAAGUAGAGAUGAAUUCGGUCGAUUUGUAGUGGUACUUCCCAAGAAACCAUCAGUCAUUCCACUGCUGGGAAAUUCAUACGAAAUAGCCAAACGUCGUUUUCUUUCCUUGGAGCGUCGUCUUCAAGCUGAGCCAAAUCUAAAAACCGCAUAUUCAACAUUUAUUCAUGAAUACCGUCUGCUGAAUCAUAUGCAAGAAGUACCAGAAAGUUUGCAAACUAAGUCGCAUCCUACGUACUACCUCCCACAUCACUGCGUAGUACGCCCAGAAAGUGUGACCACUAAAUUGCGUGUUGUGUUCGAUGCCUCUUGUGCCACCGACACCGGCAUUUCGUUGAACGAUGCACUCAUGGUGGGACCAGUAGUGCAAGAUGACCUCAUCUCAAUCACAUUGCGGUUUCGGAUGUCACGGUACGCCAUCAUCUCUGACGUGGAAAAAAUGUACCGGCAAAUCUGGCUCCAUCAGUCGGACCAUUCUCUACAGAGAAUCCUAUGGAGAAACGAACCGUUCGAACCGAUUCGAACCUAUGAGUUGACAACCGUCACUUAUGGGACCUCUGCUGCACCGUAUCUAGCGACCAAAUGUCUUCAGGAACUUGCCAAAUUGGGGCAAUCAUCGCAUCCUGCAGCAGCACAAGUUGUGGCUAACGACUUUUAUAUGGACGAUAUGAUCAGUGGCGUAAAUAGUGUCGAAGAAGGGAAAAUUCUGUGCACACAACUUCUGCAGCUUUUCCAAUCCGUCGGGUUUAGUCUUCGCAAAUGGUCGACGAAUUCUCCCGAUAUUUUAGCGCAUAUUCCAGCUGAACUCCGUGAUGAACGCACUGUCUUCGAUCUAGAUCUGUCCUCAUCAGUAAAAACUCUGGGGCUUAAAUGGGAGCCUGCGUCCGACAGAUUCCGCUUCCAAGUACCGAAAUGGAGUGAAUCGACUACCAUUACAAAGCGGAUAGCUCUUUCCGACUCCGCUCGUCUUUACGAUCCCCUAGGACUGGUGGGACCUGUUAUCGUGCUCGCUAAAUUGUUUAUGCAGGAGCUGUGGCGAAACCAGAGGACGUGGGAUGAACCUUUAGAGGAAGAAGUUCAACAACGUUGGUUGCAGUUUAGAGCAAAUCUCACAUCACUCGAACAUCUAACGGUUCCUCGAUGGGUCGUACCAUGCAUAGAACCCACCAUUGUGGAAGUACAUGGGUUCUGUGAUGCCUCCGAAAGGGCCUACGGGGCCUGCAUAUAUCUGCGAACAGUUUGUGCCAAUGGCAAUAUAUCCGUUCUACUCCUUACUUCGAAGUCAAAAGUCGCCCCUCUCGGCGACAGUAAAAAGCAGAAAAAGAUCUGCUUGCCUCGCUUAGAGCUCUCGUCAGCGUUGUUACUCAGCCACCUCUAUCAGAAGGUUCAGCAAAGCUUAAAGCUACAAUUGAAAUCCUUUUUUUGGACCGAUUCCAUGAUUGCACUAUACUGGCUAUCAGCGAACCCGUCCCGGUGGAAAACUUUCGUCGCUAACCGGGUUUCUGAAAUCCAACAUCUGACGAAGGAUGGAAUUUGGGCUCACGUGCCCGGGAUCGAGAACCCCGCCGACAUAAUCUCCCGUGGAAUGCUACCUGCCCAGCUGAUGGAGACUACUGCAUGGUGGGAAGGCCCACCAUGGCUGCAACAACCGGAGCGGUUUCGGCCACCACUAGUUAGGUCAACCCAUGAAGACUUCCCUACUGAAUAUUUGGAGGAAAAAUUGGCAGUUAUGUCCGUUCAAGUGAAAGCACCUUGUUUCAUCUUCAGUCUGCGAUCGUCUUAUAAUGCUCUAGUUCGGCUAGUAUCAUACUUGCUACGAUUUACCCACAACUGCAAACCGGCACAUCGGUCGGACCGUAAGGUCGGUUUCCUAUCAACCAAUGAGAUUACCGAAGCUGUAAACGUGUUAGUGAAAAUUUCGCAGAAGGAAUGUUUUGCUGAAGAAAUCCGAGCCAUCACUGUUGACGGACAAGUCAAGCCUAAUUCCAGAUUGAAAACGCUGACACCGAUCCUGAAAAAUCAAAUUCUCCGGGUUGGUGGUCGGCUCGAAAAUGCACCAAUCGCUGAUGAUAGAAAACAUCCUAUGAUUCUGCAUCCAAACCAUCCUUUCACCGAGUUGAUUGCAGAUCAUUACCAUAAAAAACUUCUGCAUGCUGGCCCGCAACUUAUUAUUGCAAACAUGCGAGAGAAGUUCUGGCCACUACGAGUGCGAAAUUUGGCACGAAGGGUGGUGCACAGUUGCAUUAAAUGUUUUCGUUGUAAGCCAACUAUCUUAGAGCAGCUUAUGGGAGAACUGCCUCCUGAACGAGUAACACCAACCUUCCCGUUCCUGACCACUGGUGUCGAUCUGUGUGGACCCUUUUAUUACCGCCAUGCUGGUCGCAAAUCAUCUCCCACCAAAGGCUUCGUCGCAAUAUUUGUGUGCCUCGUAACAAAGGCGGUGCACAUUGAAUUGGUAGCCGACCUCUCAACCAAUGCAUUUGUUUCGGCUCUAAAAAGAUUUGUAGCACGUCGCGGCCUACCAGCAGUCAUUGAAUGCGACAACGCAAAGAAUUUCGUUGGUGCAUCUCGGGAGCUAGCAGAACUAGCCAAACAGUUUGCCUCUCAGCAGCAUCAGCACGUUGUUACCUCACAUUGCAGCGAGAACGGCAUCUGGUUUAAAUUUAUUCCUCCUCGGUCUCCGAACUUCGGCGGCAUUUGGGAGGCCGCAGUUAAAUCCUGCAAGAAGCAUCUGAAGGCCACUCUCGGAACUGCUAUAUUAAUGAAGGAUGACCUAGAAACGCUCCUUACGCAAACCGAAGGUUGCCUGAAUUCCAGGCCGCUCACGCAGCUGUCAUCUGACCCAGAGGACUUAGAAGUGCUCACCCCUGGGCAUUUCCUAGUAAGCCGCCCUCUUGUAGCUAUACCAGAACCAUCGUACGAAGCCAUACCGAAAGGACGUCUAGACCGUUAUCAGCUGACCCAAGAGUAUCUUCGUCGUAUCUGGAAGCACUGGAGCAUGGAUUAUCUAUCCGGCCUGCUCCCGCGGACAAAAUGGACCCGUCAACGUGACAACGUAACCAUCGGAACGAUGGUACUUCUGAAGGAAGACAACCUACCUCCACUCAAGUGGCGACUCGGCCGUAUCACCCAAAUCUUCCGCGGCGAUGACGGCAACGUUCGAGUGGUCUCGGUGAAGACCAAAGAUGGCGAGCUUCGGCGCGCUAUUUCCAACAUUUGUGUACUACCAGUGAGAAAGCCAGCAACCGCUGGUGAUGAGGACUCGCUCUCCGAUUCGUAACUACUUUAUUCAUUAGUCGUUUCGAUUUGCAUGUGCAUGCUCGCUUUAAAUUGCAACCCUAAUGCUUUCUACAUUCCAUGUCCAAUUAUUAAACGCUCCGAAAUUAAUCUGAUUGGUACUGUGAUCAACGCCAUCCGGCUUACCAAUCAAACGCACUGGCUGAGAUGUGUAUCCACCCACUACCCAACGGAACAAACCCCUUUGAUGUUGAGGAUUUCGUCAGGCGCAACAGAUUUUCUGUGGGGUAAGUUGUUCCAGUUUACACCUUUCGUCAAUUGGAUACUACAUCAAUUCUCCAACCACCUUGAGGUACAACUACAAUCAAACGAAUGCAACGAUGACGUCAGAAGCCAAUUACUGGAUGCCCAUUCAUCGAGAAGACACAGUACCAACGACCAACACUUCAUGUCAUCUCAACGCAUAGUGAAGAUGAGCUGAGCAGCCGAUCGACAGACGGUCGAUAUCCAUAUCAACAAACCGAAGAAGCACGUGCCAUACAACCGAAGAACAUUUCGUCGCACCCAAACAAACCGAAGAUCAUACAAUCUAUAGAUUGUGAAUUGCAAACAAUAUUUGUAUAAAAUUAAUAAUCGCUUUAGUUAGUAUUAAGUUUAAAAGUGAAACUUUCAACGGUGGCCGGCUAUGUUAAGUAAUCAAAAUUGUGAUAAUCGUGAACACCCCUAUUUAAUACAGCAGCAAUAGUGAUCUCGCUUGAUCGCUCUAGGUAGAAUCCUCUCCUCUUAUCACCUAUCCCUCUGAUAGGGUGAGCGAGAGAUCUGAAUAGGCCUUUGAUUCCCUUUCUGCACAGAUGAUAUAAAAUCAAUAUACCACUGCCAGUUUCAGUUAGUUAUAAUAAAAAUUUCGUUUCCUUCGCAUCUAACUCUGUAUCGUCUAUUAUACAAAGCAGAGCAUAAAGACAAACCAUUCCAACACUUUGAUUCCGACCAUAUUGAUAGUCC